AUGGCACCAAACCGGCGUGAGGAAAUCAAGAAGAAAGAGGAGCUCCAGGCUCGCUUUCGAUUAAGCAUAGCUCAAAACAAUGCACGAGCGUUAAAUUGGCUAAAGCCUUUGUCACCAAACACCAAUGAUACAACUUUGUCAAUUACACAAGAACCAAAUACAACCAGUCCCACUCAAGAGGACGAGUUCAUGAAACUACGAGUUAUCCCGCAAGGUUCAGGGCUAAGCUCCAAAACCACGCAAACAGUGGGUGACUUUCUUAAUGCAAAAGAUAUCAGUCAACGAAAGAAAACCAACGAUGGCAACACCCCGCGUAAGACAAGUGGAGGUAACGGCAGUGGAAGUUUUGCGAUGCAUGCUCUAUUGAAUAAAAUGAGAACCGAAACGAGAAAGCAGAUUAGUCAAUCGCAUCAAAUGGGUCAAGAACAACAUGGUAAGAGCAAGAAGGAGAAGAAAAAUGACACGAUAAAACUGGGUAAAGCUGACUCCAAAUUGAAGCAAGAGUUUAAUUCUGACGAGGACGAUGAUGAUGAUAUAAAAGCAUUGAGAUCGAGAUCGGUGAGCAAAACUAAUAAAGGUAAGGUGGGGAAAAAAGCACGUCCUUUUUGA